AUGAGGAAUAGGCUGCCUACAGAAGGAGUGCUGAGCAGGAGCCUGAGAGCCGGCUCCUCCGUCCCUCAGGGCUCCGUCACGUUGCCCCCGUCUCUCACUCAGGGCCUGACCAUCGAGGAACAGCGGCUGGCCAACAGAGUGCAGUUCAAUUUCUACCAGAAGAGCACAGUGUACCAGGACAAAGCUUUGGGAAACCGCCGACUCAACAGUGGGAUCCUUGGAGCGAGCGUGGCCAACCUGUCACUCGCAAACCUGCGGAAUAAUGUUAUAAUAAACUUGACAAACUUUGAGCCGGUUCCAGCUAAUUAUGAAGCUGUAUGUGUUUUUUGGGACUUCACGUUAAAUAACGGAUCAGGUGGUUGGAAUCCAAGUGGCUGCGUACUUCAAAACGGCUCCGACAAUGUCACAACAGUUUGUGGAUGCAACCAUUUGACAGGUUUUGCCAUCCUGCUGGACCUCUCCAGACAGCCUUCAAUUAGUCAAGAACAGGCCACCAUCCUUUCUUUCAUCACAUAUAUUGGCUGUGGAAUCUCUUCCAUCUUCUUGUCUAUCACCCUCCUCACCUACUUGGCCUUUGGGAAGUUGCGGAAGGACACUCCAUCCAAAAUCCUGAUCCAGCUGUGCAUGGCCCUGCUGCUGCUCAACCUGGUCUUCCUGGUGGACGCGUGGCUGGCGCUCUACACAGACACCUUGGGCCUGUGCAUCUCCACGGCCUGGUUCCUCCACUACUUCCUGCUGGUUACCUUCACCUGGAUGGGACUAGAGGCCGUCCAGAUGUACCUGGCCCUAGUGAAAGUCUGGAAUAGCAACAUAUCGCGCCUCAUGGUGAAGUUCUCGCUGGUCGGCUGGGGCGUGCCGAUGAUCGUGGUCAUCAUUGUCAUUGCGAUUGACAAGAACAACUACGGCCUCAUCUCCUAUGGAAACCUCGCCAACGGCACUACCGAUGGCUUCUGCUGGCUGAAAAACGACAUCGCUUUCUAUGUAUCAGUGGUGGCCUAUUUCUGCGUUGUUUUUCUUUUCAACCUGGCCAUGUUCAUUGUGGUGUUAGUGCAACUGUGCCGAAUAAAGAGGCAGAACCCUCACAACGUGCAACACCACACCACGCUGCGGGAUGUGCGCAGUGUGGCGGGGAUAAUGAUCCUCCUGGGCCUCACCUGGGGCUUUGCCUUCUUCGCCUGGGGCCCCCUUAACCUGCCCUUCAUGUACCUCUUCGCCAUCUUUAACUCCUUGCAAGGUUUCUUCAUAUUUGUCUUGUACUGUGCGAUGAAGGAAAAUGUGAGGAAUCAGUGGAGGACCUACCUGUGCUGCGGCAAAAUGAGACUAGCGAAGAACUCGGAAUGGAGUCGCACUGCAACACAGAGGACUGGGAAGCAGGAAUCCUCCGGUACCAGAAUGAGAUCCCUUCAUUCCUCAACGUCCAACAACAACUCAUCCAGCUCCUCGUCCUUCCUCGUCAGUGACUCCUCGGAGCGGAUCAAUGGCAUCGGCAGCCCAUUUGACGACAGAACCAUCACAGCAAAUGAAGACCCCACAACGGAUGUGGUCCUCAACGAGAUCAACAGCCAGUACAGAAACCAACAAGCGCCCUGAUCUGAAAAGAACAAUUUGUCCAAUGAAGAACGAGUGAGAGGGCAGCUGGGUCAUUUACAUGCAGGGCUGUGCGGUAUAAGUUAGGUGACUUAGCUGUAUGUAGAAAAACAAUUAAUACGACACAAAAAAAACUAUUUUUAUUGCAAACUUGGCAACACUAGCAGCCACAACCACUAACUCGCUAACCAGCGGCCGGUUGCUAGCGAGGUGACCAGCUGAUCUGCGGCACUUUUGUUGUCAAUUUAUUAAUGUUCACUCGAAAAAAAUAAAAAAUACUGUGACACCGUCCAAAUCUUACAAAAUACCGUGAUGGGAGUUUUUGACCUUGCCAAAUCCCUACGGUGGGCCUUGGCUGAUUUAUUUGAUGGAGACGUGAAAGAAUUGCAGCCGUUCAAUGAGCGCUUUUAGUGAAUCUAAUUUUGAAGCUUGUAAUAUAAUGUUGGUAUAGAGUCAUUUAUGUCCUGUCCGUCUGCAUAUGCUUGUACAACUUACCUACAUUAUUAAUGGCACUUGAUUUUGCACUUUUCUAUAUUAUAAUAUGCAUUUUAAACAAGGAACUUAAAAAACAUUUUUUCAGUGGUAUUAAAUGAAGGAGUAGUUUCUCAAUGGUAUGUUACAAAAAUACUGGAACAAGACAACAAAUGUGUACAAGUUGACUGAUUAUUACUUUUUUGUCCAAUCAUUUUAAGAAUUCUUCAUUCUUUGCAAAAGAUUAGCAAUUAAUCAGUCUGCAGGCUAUUUUUAACAUUGUGCCGAGUUUACAAUUCAAAGGUUAUUAAGCCUGAAAAAGUAUAGGGCACAGCAAAGCAUAUUACACCGAUUAAUGAAUAUUACAUUAUGUGUUUAAAUAAAAUUAUAUUGUGGUAUAAUACUAUAUUGAAGCAUACGGCUUACGGCUCUUAUUCAAUUGUUUAGUAAAUAAUAUGGACAUAUAGAAUCGCAAUAUAUUUGAAUGGCGUCGUUGAUUUGUAUUAAUUGCAUUUUCUUCAGAGAAAAACAAUCUACACAUGGUCCCCAAAAAACACUUUAAUUGUGGAAGUCACAGCAAGUGUCUCAAGUGGGAUAGAACAGAUUUGGGUGGAAUUAUAUUGAAUAAAUAACUGUAACUGACUCUUACAGGGUUGAUAACGCGUAAACGUUA